GGAGACGCUUGGGAGGAACAGCCAGAGGACUUCAAACGGUCAUGGCUGAGUGUGGUGGACGGGUGUUGUGAGUCGCUCUCGGAUUAUUAGAGAUAAUCUGUGAUUGUUAAGGCUAUGAAGUGGAGUGUUGUGGUUUUAGGGUGUUGUGGAAUGUUGCAGUGAAGUGUGUUGCGAUGGACGGUACAAUGUUGCCUCGCAGUGUGUUGAUACGGCGUGCAGCUGUAGCCCUGGUGGCUGCAGUGGCCGUGGUGUGUGUGAAUGCCGAGGUGUUGCCUGAAAUUAUGUACAGUGUGGCAGUGCCGCACGAUGUGGCACCCGCUCACAUCGUUCACAAAAUCAAGUUGAAAGAGGGACAGGUCGUGAACCGGUUGAUGGAUACUCAGUACUCCGAUUACUUUGCGGUGUUGGACAACGGCGAGGUGAUGACGGUGUCCAAGCUGGUGACGCUCCUGGGGAAGACGGUGACCCUCCGUGUGGCGACCACCUUCGAGGACGGGAACAGCCAGGUCUAUGUGAUCAGGGUCGCCGUCAAGGACCACCAGAGCAUGCUUCGGUUUCUCAAGCCAGAGUACGACGCCAACGUGUACGAGAGUCUGCCCGCGGGCACGGAGUUGCAGGGUCUCGACGAGAUGGAGGCCAUGGGCGAGGAGGACGUUAAGUACGAAUUGCUGGGUGGCCAUUCUGUGUUUGCGCUCCACCACGUGGGCGGCAUCCCGACGGUGGUGACCCGCAAGAGCCUGGACAGGGAGGCGCAGGACAUCUACAAGCUUACCCUGCGCGCCCACGACAAGGAGGGCAUGGACAUGGCGGAGGCCAAGAUCAACGUCCACAUCUUGGACAUGAACGACCACGCGCCGGUGUUCACGCAGAACAUGUUCUACUUCUUCGUGCCGCUCAACGUGACGAGGUUUGACAAGAUCGGUCGCGUGACAGCUCACGACGGCGACGGCGACGUGGUGGUGUACCGCCUCGCCUACCCGUCCAACACGUUCACCAUCGUGCCGCAGACGGGCGAGAUCAUGCUGAUCGAGCCUCCGGAGACCAUGGUGUACGAGCUAGAGCUGGAGGCCUUCGACAAGCGCAAGCCUACCCUGUACUCCGACACCCUGGCCAAGGCCCACAUCGAAUUCCGCUACCCCGGCGACUCCCUCUUCACCGGAGAGACCAACGACGUGGACUAUGACCUGUACCCCGAGCACGCGCUCUCCAAGCGCAGUGCCAACAGGGUCAAGCGAGGCCAGCUCAGGCACACGAAGGAACUGGUGUUCUCCGAGGCCGACGGGGCCGUCGAGGGCAAGGUUGUGUUCCAACUCGAGAAAGAGAUUCAGUGGGAAACGUUUAAGAUCCGCGACGACAACCCCUGGGUCGAAGUAGACGCUAACGGUGCCGUGCGCGUCAAGAAGAAGUGGGACUACGAGGAGCUCGGUCCUGAGAAGACCAUCGAUUUCUGGGUGACCAUCACUAACAACGAUCGUAAUGGUGAGUUUUCGUGCCGGUCUGUGGAGUCCAGGAAACAGUAGGUCUAAGACGAGGCU